UCAAGUUUUACUGACAGUACUUUACAAAAAUGAUGCCAAAAGCUUUAAUUUUAUUCAACAUUAUUUUACUUUCAGAAUCAUUUAUUUUAAAAUCUUUCAAUCCAUCAGAUAAUUUAUUAAUUAAAAUUCCUUCUCCAACUUUUGAUAUAUCGUGGCCACGUAAUAUUUCGUUAAAAUCUGAACUAUUCUUGGCACCAAAUAAAACAAAACAAGUUAACUGUUUGGGACUUGGAACAACAAUAUCGAAGGGAUUUGAAUUGAUUUUCAGAUCUAAAGAUACCAAAAAUAAUCCAUUGAAAGUAAAUUUCUGGGUAUCAUCAAGAAGUAAACCAGAACCAGUUGAAGUUACUUUAGCAAAAGGAUUUGAUAUCAAUGAUAUUCUUUUUAAAGUUGAUCGUAAAACAAUUUUUAUUAUUCACGGAUUCUUAUCCCAUGGUAGACAGCAAUGGGUUAAAGACAUGGAAAGAGCACUUCUGCUGGCUGACGACGUGAAUGUUGUUGCUGUAGAUUGGAGUGCUCAUGGAAAUACGUGGAAUUAUUACAAAGCUGCUGUUAAUGCUAAAUCUGUAGGAAAGCACAUAGCGAAAUUCCUUGCUUAUAUCAUGGAUUUAACACAAGAAUUAAAUCCAGCUGGUCUGGAAUCAAUAAACUGGGGUCCAAUUCAUAUGAUUGGACAUAGUCUUGGUGCCCACAUAUGUGGCAUUGCUGCAAAUAAAUUUGAAAAAAUUUCUAAAUUGUGGAAAAUCACUAGAAUCACUGGAUUAGAUCCUGCUCAACCAUGUUUCAAGAAUACUAAUAUUUCCCUGGAUAUUACUGAUGGGAAAUUUAUUGAUAUUAUUCACACCAAUGCAGAAAUACUACUUAAUUUAGGACUUGGUCUUCCCAAUCCUCUAGGUCAUGUAGAUUUUUAUCCAGAUGGUGGUAAAAUACAGAUUAGUUGUAGUAAACAAUAUGAAAACUAUUUCGAUUACCUUGGCAUUCCGAAAGAUGUGAUAGAUGAAGCUAUUUGUAGCCAUGGGCGUUCUUAUGUGUAUUUUACUGAGUCUAUAAUUGCUUCGGUUGCGAAGAAUGGGACUUUCUGGGGUCAUCCUUGGGACCGAUCAUAUGAAAGUGCAUUGAAAUUGAUCGAUGAACCUUGUGACAGUGAAAAAUGUGUGGAGAUGGGUAUUAAUGCUAAUAAAUACUCCGCUAGAGGUUCUUUUUUCGUUGUUACAUCAAGCUCACUUCCCUAUUAUGAUGUCAACACUGAUGAUAAAAUAAAACUGAAAAAACAUCUACAAAGUGAAUCCAAAGGAAUGUCAUCAAGAUUCGGAUAAAUAAAUAUUUAUUCUAUUGUACAAGAGUAUUUCAUUAAUAUUAAAAGUUACAUCUUCUAGACUU